GAGUGAAAUUCGUUUAUCAGCUCAGUUGUGGACGGGCCCUUGAGCUGAUCGCAUUGUCUGCGGUCCGAGUUGCCGAUAUGAAGACACCUUGGCUUGGCUUUCUUUUCGCACUGGUGGCCAGCUCGGCAGGUGCUACCGACUGGCAGCUACCCUGCGAUUUGCGCGAAACGAGCCAUGGCAGCGUGUGCGUCUGCAACAGCACCUACUGCGACUACCUGGAGCAGCCGCAGCUUGCUGAUCCCUCGCAGAUUGUGGUGAUUAGCAGCAGCAAGGAUGGCCUGCGCUUCAAGAAGACGACGGGGGAUCUUUCGGAGAACAAGCCCAUUACAAUCGACGACAAACAGUUCACCGACGAGAACUUCAACGCAGAUGCGAUUCUGGUGGAUCAGGAGAGAGCCUGGUUGCAGUUGGCCAACAUUCCCCAGAGCCUGUUUAUUAAUGCCAGCAUUAGGACAUAUCGCAUAUCGGUGAAACGGGAGCAGCGCUUUCAAAACGUCUCCAUUUUUGGCGGCGCCUUCACGGGAACAGUCUCGUACUUGCUCAAGGAACUACCGGCAGCACUACAGGAUCAUGUCUAUAAAUCCUACUUCCAUCCGGUUGGAAUUGCCUACAACACCAUACGAAUGUCCAUUGGAGGCUCCGACUUUGACAUGGAGCCCUGGGCGUAUAAUGAAUGGCCUCGUCAUGAUCUGAAAUUGAGCAACUUUAGCGAACUCGAUCCGCGGGAUCUGCAGAAAGUGGAGCAACUGAAACGCCUCAAGGCAAUUGGCAAGGUGGAUGAACUGAAGAUAAUGGGCGCCGCGUGGAGUGCUCCAACCUGGAUGAAGAGCAACGAGCGCUGGACAGGAUUCGGGCAGCUGAAAUCGGAAUAUUACCAAACCUGGGCCCUGUACCACCUCAAAUUUCUCGAACUCAUGCGGGCUAAAAAUAUGCCGAUUUGGGCCAUAUCCACUGGCAAUGAGCCGUUAAACGGCGUCAUUGGCUUCUUUUUUGUACACUUCAUGAGCAUGGGCUGGACGCCCUGGCAGCAGGCUAUCUGGCUGAACGACAAUCUGGGCCCGACCAUCAGGAACUCGACGGAGAGCAAGGUGCUCAUCUUUGGCAACGACGAUCAGCGCUACACCUACCCAAUGUGGUUCCGAAAGAUGCGCUCCUCCCGCAGCAAUUCGCUGUCCUACUUGGAUGGCCUAGCUGUCCACUGGUACUGGGAUGAACUGAUAGGUCCACAGCUGAUUGACCAGGCGCACACGGAUAUGCCCAACAAGCUGCUGUUGAACACGGAGUCCUGCAUUGGCGAUAAGCCAUGGCAGACCCAUGGUCCCGAGCUGGGCAGCUGGCAGCGUGGUGAGAGCUACAUGAGGGCUUAUACCCAGGACCUAGCGCACAACUUCAAUGGCUGGCUGGAUUGGAAUCUAGUGCUGGACGAACGGGGCGGCCCGAACUACGUGAACAACUUUGUGGACGCUCCGAUCAUUGUGAAUGCCACGAGUCGGGCCGAGAUAUACAAACAGCCGAUCUUCUAUGCCAUUGGCCACUUCUCCAAGUUCCUGCCGCCGGAAUCCGUGCGCAUCGAGACGCGAAUCGAGAAGCAGGGCAAUCCCUUCACCCAAAUCAGUGCUGUGGGCUUCCAGCGACCGGACGGCAGUGUGGCGUUGAUCAUCUACAAUGGCCAAAACCAGCCGGUGGACGUGGCCCUCGAUGAUAGCCAGCGUGGAGCGAUCAAUCUCCGCCUGCCGCCGCGCUCCUGGCACACGGUGCUCUACAAAUGAGGUUCCCCUUCCGGGAACCCGACUAGAUACUAGGACAGGAGUGGGGGUGGGUCCAGCUGCCGCUGCCCAGAGGACCAAUUGAGGCUCAAGUGACGGCGGCGCAGCGGAAGCCAAUAAAUUGCGCUGAACAGGAUGAGCAGGAUAAUGGACGCAGGACGCAAGGAGCUGGGGACUCGAAUGCCAGGAUGUAAUGCCUGGUAUGCGUAGACAACGGAAAUUUGUUUAAGCUGCUCAAUUUGCCGGAACGUGUCUGUUUACAAUGAAAUUUCAUUUGCCGUUUAA